AUGAAAUUAUCAGUACACAAUCCAAAAUCAGUACUUUUCUAGAACUUAGCUAAUGGCAACAAUUCUGCAAAUCACCUUCAAGUUCUCACCCUCCGGUUCAUUAAACGAAGAGUUUUGCGAAAAACCCAUUUGCUGUUGCUCGAUAAAAACUCCCAGAGCUGUUUCUCUGCGGCCAAAAAGGUUCAAGUUGGGAGCUUUUGCGAGGCAAAGAUGGACAUUUGGUGAAGUUUGUAGGGACAAAGAUGGGAUUUUUCGGAAAGAAGAAAGGUGGAAGAGGAAGAAAAGAUUGGUUUUGGUGAUGUUUAGUCAAGGAUUUGGGUUUAAUGGCGGCGGCGGCGGUGGUGAUGGUGGUGGGAAAAUUAAUAGUGACACUGCUAGGCUUCUGGGAAAUAUUGCUUUUGCUAUCGGGUUGACUUAUCUUUCAGUGACUGGUCAGCUUGGCUGGGUUUUAGAUGCUAUUGUCUCUAUUUGGCUCAUUGCAGUGCUCGUUCCUAUUGUUGGUGUGGGAGCCUUCCUUUGGUGGGCGGGGAGGGAUAUUGUUCAAAGCAGUUGCCCAAAUUGUGGAAAUGAUUUCAGAUUUUUUAGGUCGUUUCUAAACGAUGAGUUGCAGCUGUGCCCUUACUGCAGUCAACCAUUUUCAGUGGUGGAUGACAAAUUUGUCAAGGAACCCGUGAAGUUCUCCAACGAAGCCUCGAAAGCAAAACAAGCAUCCAAUGGCUUCUCUCCCGGUUUCAAGAAAGGAAACGUUUCUUCGGGUCCGGUUGUUGAUAUUGAAGCAGAAGUGAAAGAUGCAGAUUGAGAGCUAGCAUAGACGGUAAAGAACUUAAAAAGAGUGCAUUACUUCGAGCUUUCGGUACCCUAGCAAGUGAACGAAAUAUUUUUAUCGUAUUUUUCGUGUCAGAUUGUUAAUUUGCUAAUGCUCCAACAUGACAAUCUUGCAACUUAUGCAUAUCUAUGUAUAUAUCUCUUACACUGUCGGAUCGGAGAGGACUUGCAGUGAAGAUGGUUGUCAUGUUGUAGAUGAAUAUCAGGAAUGUGAGUGCAAAUGCUCGAUCGAUUUCGAUAAACCGUGUCGGUAUAGCAUAACUCUAUAUUUUCUUCUAUCUUCGCUCCGUAGAGGGAGCGAAGUCGGAAGAAUAGGUCACUUCAUGUUCUUUACAAUUACAGCAUAACUCUGUAUAAUUUGUUGUCAGCUACUAUAUAUCUGUUUUAUUCUUCCAUUCUCUUCAUAUUUA